CGAAGUAGAAGUUUGUUAUUUUUGUUUCGGUUGUCUGCGGUUGCGCGUGCAAUUAAUCACGAGUGCCUCGUUAGUGAUGAGUGCGGUGUCGCAACCAGGAAGCCAACGGUCCCCCGGUGUGGCGAGCGGCCAGGCAUGUCCUUCCGGGGAGGACUACGACAAAGAAGAUAGUCUUGCUGGGUCUCAGCGUGGGGGACCCAUAUUGAGGCGUCCACACACGACAGGACCGCCGCCUUCGG